AUGAGAAUGAGAAGCCUGCCAUCCCUAGGGCUUAACGAGCAGACUUGUAAAUCUCGAAUAUGGCGGAUCCAGGUAGCUGCAUUUGGCUUCGUGCUGCUGGAAGCGGCUGUGCUGUGUCCAAUGCUGGGUGCCUUCGUGUCCUGCCCAAAGGGUCACCGUUUCAAGAUCUGCGCUUCAUGCGGGCAACAAAAUAAUCUCCCACGAGCUCACUCUACUGGAUCUUUGCUGCUCAUGGAGCUUGCUGUGCUGGUGCAACUAUGGGUGACCAUCAAGCAACAAAAAGAGAAGCUGGAGCAAUUCUGGUGAAUGCUUCCAGCUUGCUUCCUUUGUUCUUCUUAAAAGAGCGUCCAGCAUGGAUGCAGAAGGAGCGGACCCAGCGAUCAGUCAACUGACAAGUCUCAAGGAUGAUCUCAAAUACAAACGAACAUCCUGGUAUUGAAAUAGAAGACGAUAUGACUUGUUUCGUCUUGUUGCACUGUGUUGAAAGAGCACGCUGACUUGACGCUGUUUUCAGAUCCAAACUUACGGCCCGAUAGCACUAAAUUCAGAGAGAGCUGGAUGCUCGUGCAAAAGAAGAAGUGGAACUCUUCUACGUACGUUGGAACUCAGACGUUCUCAUACCGGGUAUGUCAGGAUUGCUUCGCUUAUCUUCUCUUUUCCGCUUGUUUUCUAAAUCACGAGUCCGCUUAACAGCUCGGUUCCCAAUCUCAACUUUGCCGAGGCUUCUGCAAGCCGCCAGCACGGCCCUCCACACCACGGCAUCGCCCUCCACUGGAGAGCAUACCACGAAACGUACCAUCUCCUCGAUCGCCCGAGAAGAUCGGCCAUGCACACGUAGUACUUCGCAGCGGGGGGGAUCCCAUAGUCGCUCCUCAUCGACACAAAGCUGCAGUGAGCGUCCUAGAGCCCGGCGUGGCUACACGCCGAGAGGACGCUGACGAAGUUGAUGGAGUUUGGCAUGGUGCCGGAUCCCAUUUGCAUCACUCCGAAGAGCGUGAGAGCUCACACCGCGUGGCCGUGGCGAGCGUAGGCUCCCACCAUUGCACUCCAGGUUAUCACGUCUUCUCUUCGCAGCUGGAAGAACAUCGCGUACGCAGCGUCCAGGCUCCCGCAUUUGCUGUAGAGAUUGACCACUGCGUUGCCGAGUAGAACGUCCAGCUCCCUUCCCCUCUCGCGAAUCCAGCCGUGGACUCGCUUGCCAUCGUUCAAGGAGUAGAUCUCCGUGCAGGCAAUGAUAGCGUUUACGGAA